AUGCAACUCAAUUGGUUAAUACUCCUUUUUCUCAUAUUCAAUGUAACACAGCGAUCUUAUACAGCAUUUGAGCCAUUGUUCGGUCUAGUUCGAUUGUUCGGUCGAGCAGUCCCACCACCAACAGUUCGGCCAUCUAUUAUAAGAAGCUCCAAUUCAAAAUAUGUCGAUGGUGUUGUUUCAAGUUUACGCAAAGAUAUUGAUGCUGUGGAUCGGCAAGCCAUAUCAGCUUCCCGCAUUGAAGAUCAGUUCGACAAUGGUAUCAAUAUUGUAACAGAUACUGUCUAUCUAGUAGGAGUUCGGCAAAGGGCUUUGAAUAUUUCCAAAUUUUGCGGAGCACUAGCUGAUCGCCAAUACCGAGAUGUUCAAAUGGCUGUCAGAGAUGGAAUUCUCUAUCGUCCAACUGUUCCUUUGACUGGUAGUGUUGUCAACAUAAGUCUAGCUGUACCUCGAGCUUGGUUCCGGGAAAAUCCACGACAAAACAAUCAUAAAGAACUUCGUUUGCUAGUCUGUUAUGAAGGAGAAACACGACUUGUCCUAUUGCCAAUAACCAUACAUCCACCCGAAUUAGAAACAGACGGUCAACAUUUCGUCUUCACACAGAAAAGCUUCUAUGACUUUAUGACAAUACGUGAAAUUGCAUUGGUUUUGGAUGGCUCUUGGAACAACGGUUAUCUCUUGCCUCGUAACAUGAAGUCAACAAUACAAAUUAAUACACGAGAAGUUAAGAAAAGGCCAACUUAUUCAAAUAUUUGUAAUUCUACACAAGGAUUAGAUCAAACGUGCUGUCUGUGGCCAUUCAGCUCGAGAGUUCUGUUCGGUUCUUCUGAUCAAGUGAAUGAAGUAACGUUUCAUCGAUGUGUCGGACGAAUACCAAAUGAGGUUAAUUCAUUUCCAUUUCUAUCAGCUGAAAACUCAGAACUCUUACAACAUGGAGGAAUGUCGAGAAGAUUCUUGGUACGGAAAGACAAAGUUUGUCGUGAAAGUCGCUUUAAACCAAUAACUCUGACAGUAUCAGAGCCUUAUGGCAUAUACACGAAGAAAAAAACAGUCUCCACGGCAUUUUCACGUAACAUGAUCGGCUCGCUGUCACAAUGA